CAUCCAAAACCCCGCACAUUCUUCGCGGUUCACAUACAUAUCCAUUCUCUCAAUGCUGCAACCCCCACAUCUACCUCGCAUAUUCUUUCCGGCCAAUCGGAGUUCCAUAGUUGAACUCCUAAACGAUUGUGCAUUCUGGUAUACCCGGGUCACAGACAGAUAUGAGCACGAGACGUAGGCAAAGGCUCUUGGCACGAGAGAUUUCGUCAUGGCUGAUUCAUCGAGUUUCCGGGAUCUUUUGGUGUUUGAGUACUUUGGAGGUGGUCUUGAUGAGAAGCUUGAUUGCAAAAACACCCGCUAACUCGCUGGCAUCCCAAGAAAUGCUUCAUCAGCAUUCUUUAUCCGAUCAGAUCAGCCCCUCCUAUGCGUUCUCAAAAUUCGGGAACAACCCUCCGAAGAAAUCCAAAUUCGGUUGCAGCACAUCGCUCGCCCCUGGCAUCGAAGAGACUUCCAUGUCCAUGUUCAUGUAUAAGUCCAUGUCCAUCAGGAAGGAAUCACCAAGAUUACCAGAUCCUUGAAACGUUGCUGUCUGCUCGGGAUAACUAUUGUUCCUGAU